AUGUCGUUAUGCGGCGGCUCCGGCCCCGCGGCUGCCCCUCGGCUGCGGCCUCGCGCCGCCCAGAUGGCGCGACGGCCCGAGCUGCUGUGCGGCGCUGCCAUCGUGCUGGGCUGCGCCUUCCUCGUCGCCCUCAAAGUCACCUGCAGCCGAGCAAAAGAUGUAACAAUGCCAGCGAAGCUUCCAGUGAAUUUUUUCUCCACAAGAUCUCCAGUGAUUGAUCUUUUUCGGGGACAAUUAGACUAUGCAGAUCACCUUCGUCAGGAUUCAGAAAUUGUGCUGUAUUUCUUCUAUGCGCCGUGGUGUGGCCAGUCCAUUGCAGCAAGAGAAGAAAUAGAACAUGUGGCCAGCAGAUUAUCAGACCAGGUGCUGUUUGUGGCUGUAAAUUGCUGGUGGAACCAGGGGAAAUGCAGGAAGCAGAAGCAUUUCUUUUAUUUUCCUGUGAUACACUUAUACCAUCGGAGUUUUGGACCAAUUGAAUACAAAGGCCCUAUGAGUGCUGUUUAUAUUGAAAAGUUUGUUCGCCGGGUGAUGACACCACUACUCUACAUCUCGUCUCGAUCAAAAUUACUAGAUUUCCUCUCAAAUUAUGAGCCUGGAGUUCUAGGAUAUUUUGAGUUCAAUGCUUCACCUCAACCGCCUGGUUAUUUAACAUUCUUCACAUCAGCAUUACAUUCAUUAAAGAAAGAUUACCUUGGAACAAUACGCUUUGGAGUUAUCACGGAUAAACAUGUUGCAGAGGAGAUCUCCUUGGUGCAUUCAGGCAGCGUGUAUUUGCACAGACAUGUCAACACAUCUCUUAUCUAUCCAAAUGACACCAUGAACUAUACUGCUGAGAACAUUUGCAAGUGGGCUCUAGAAAAUCGAGAGAUGCUCGUACGCUGGCUGAGACCACAUGGUGGAAAAAGCCUUCUUCUAAACAAUGAGCUGAAGAAAGGACCAGCACUUCUCAUAUUUAUACCUUACAAUCCCUUAGCAGAAAUUCAUCCUCUUUUAGAUGAAGUUACCAAAGUGGCCUUGGAAUACCACAACUGUAACAAAAGCCAGGCAGCUGAGCCAGAUCUUCAACACUUAGGAGACACUGAUUCACCAGCUUUUGAUUCCUCUAUACCAGAUGCAUAUAUGAAAUUAUCAGAAACGUUUUCAAUAACCAAGUACCCAUGCUGUAACACUGUGGUGCUUCCACAGUGGCAUUCAAUAUCUAGAACUCACAAUGUCUGUGAGCUUUGCAUUAACCAGACACUUGGUGUCAAACCAAAUAAAGUCCAUGUGCCACACUGUAACUUCUUAGAGAUAGAAGCAGCUUUGGACUCUUUCUACCUCCAGGAACAUACCUUUUUUCAAGUUAUAUCAAAUACCAUAGAAUGCAGCAAUUUCUUAAGUUUCUAUAGUCCCUUUAGCUAUUACACUGCAUGUUGCAGGACAGUAAACAGGCAUUUUUUAAGUUUCAUUAGUUCUGAGAAGACCAUCUUUCAGACCCCCAAAGUAGCAUUUUCUUCCCAUGGGAAGAAAGAUAACACCCAACAUUCUAUUCCUCACAUUGAGGAUAGGAAUUGUUUUAUUCCUGACCUUCAUAGUAGUGGCACUAACAUUACUGGUCUGAGCUGCAGGACCAACAAAACCUUGAAUCUCUAUCUACUGGAUUCAAAUCUUUUUUGGAUAUACGCAGAGAGACUAGGAGCAUCAAGAUCUAGUCAUCUUAAGGAAUUUGCUGCCAUUGUUGACCUGAAAGAAGAAGUGCACUAUGUCCUGGAUCAAAAUCAGUCACUUGUUGGAACUACCCUGGAGAACUUCAUAAAAAAUUUCAGUAUUCUCUACAGUCCCUUGAAAAGGCAUCUUGUUGAUGACCCUUCAGUCCAUUUUCAUGAACAGCGUGUAAUCACUGAAGUGACUACUAAUAACUUUCAUGAUACCGUGUUUUUGAGUGAAAAGAAUGUCUUGCUGCUCUAUUAUGCACAGUGGUGUGGAUUCUGUGCUUCUCUUAAUCACAUCUUUAUUCAACUUGCUCGGCUUUUGCCUCCAGAUAAUUUCACUGUGGCAAGAAUUGAUAUCAGUCGAAACGACCUUCCAUGGGAAUUUAUGACAGACCGUCUCCCAACCAUUUUACUUUUUCCUCAUCAGAGGAAGGAACAAAGUGUUAAGUUCCCUGAAGACUUUUCAGUUAACCUUCCUAAUCUCCUUAAAUUUAUUUUACAUCACUCAAGUCUUUCUUCAUCAGAGCCCUGUACCAAAGAAUGCCUACAUAAAGAGACUGUUCUACAGCAAGGACACAUCUCCCACUUGGAGAGAGAAAUUCAGAAGUUAAGAUCAGAAAUCAGUGCCCUUCAUCAGGCCCAUGACCAGCUUGAAGCACAGCUUUCUGAAGCUAGGAGAGAGGAACAUAGACUACAGCAGCAAAAACACACACUGGAAAAGCAGCACAAGACUCUGCAGCUCCACAGUGAGCAGUUACAGGCCACAUAUGACCAGAAGAAUGAAGAAUUAUUAGAAAUGGCUGAAAAGCUUCAAGAAUUAGCUGAUGCAUCAGAAAACCUCCUUAAAGAGAAUACUUUACUGAGAAUCCUGGUGGCAUCAAGGGAAGGAAAGCUACAGAGCAAAGAUGAAAUUAAAGAAUCCCUUCAGUCAGAGGAAGCACUUUCUGAAGAUAAUGAUAUAUCAGUUUCAACAGCUACUGCUACAUUAGAGGAAAAAAAGAUUGACAAUAUUGAUACCAUAGAGACAGAGCACAGUAGUGGAAACAGGACAGAAUGAUUGCUUACACAAAGUCAAAUGAUGCAGUAUUGGGUAGGUAUUUAUGCAAAUUUUAUUGAAAUUCGUUGUAAAUAAAGACUUCUUCCCCCACAUGAUCUAGAAAAAGAAAAAUCAAAUGGAAUAUUUUUGUAUACUUGAACAACUUACUAGAUACCCACAUCUAAAGAGAAGAGGAGAAUGGAAAACACUUUCUGCACUUUACUAUUGCACUAACUUGCAAACACCUAUCCAUUUAAAGAGGCUGAAUUUUAGGGGCAGCAGUGUGAAGCACCUCUGAAUAAGGACCAGUUAUUUUUCACUGGCUUUCUCUUACAGCUGCUAGAAGAAAAAUUAGACCUUUGAUUUAUACUUUUCCAUAAUUUCUGAAGUUUGCCCUUUACACUGCAUUCUCUUUGCUGAAUUAAAAUAGAUACACUUCAUCUGUGUAAUCAGUAAACUUGAAUGGACAAAGU